GUUUCCAGACGGUCAUGGCCACUGAGGAGGCCAGCGACUGGGCCGAGGCUCGUGACGAAGGCUUCUUCGCCGUCGACAGCGCCGAGCACGCGCCGACCGAUGCAACAAGCGACGUCGCCAGCUUCGAUAGCGUCGACAGCAGCAGCGAUACAUCGGCGCUCCACGGCGCCUGCCCUGUCUGCCUCAAGCCGCUCGUCGAUGGCGUCCUCGUCGCAGCCUGCCUACACGAGUUUUGCCGCGCGUGUAUACUUCAGUGGGUCGACCACUUGCGUGACCGAGGUGCGCCCGUGCGAUGCCCCAUCUGCCGCACGCCAUUCGCACAGCUCUAUACGAAUGUCGUGUCGGCCGAAGACUAUGACGUGGAAGACCUUGCGACGACCGCGCCGUCCCCGCGCAGCUUAGCUCGACGACAGCGCGCCCUUGUCUAUCGCCGAGCCUCGGUUUCUAUCGAUGACGCUCGCCGCAUGCAGUGGCCUGUCAUUUACAAGACGAACGACCAGGCCAUGUCCUGGAUACGACGCGAGCUCGGCGUAGUCCUUGGCGCGGCCACCGACACGAGCCUCCUGACGCAGAUCAUCGCAUCCCAGCUUGUAGAGAUUCGAAUGGACGAUGCAAGUCGAAAGCGCAAGCAUGUGCAGCACGGAUAUGAGCGCCUUGUAGACGCACUGCAUGGCUUUCUGGACGACGACGCUGCCACGUUUGUGGUCGAGCUCUCGAGGUACAUGGCCAGCCGGCUCAACCUGGCGGCGUACGACGAACAAGCAUUCUCGUUCGGUUGAUGACAAUAAUAGAGGACAACAAACAA